AACGCGCACUUAAACAAACGAAUAAUUUACGGCCGUAACGUGGAUUAAAACAAUUGACAAACAAGUUAAGCACUGAAUUUAAAGCUCAUGUUCACAUGCUGCCUGCUGUUCAGCUUCAGUGGAGAUUUAUAAAUUACAAUCACGGACGUAAGAAUGAUCAGCAGUUUUAGUUUACCGGUGACGUUGAGGUUUUAAACACACCGGCGCAUGUGAAUCGUCUGUAAUUGUUGAUUAUAUCCACCCACUCACGCACAAUUCACGUCGAUAACGUUCAAUAAUCCUCAUUUAUUAAUCACCGCCGCUUAGAAUCCAUAAUUGAGGGUCGCGAGUUGGCGCAGGAAACAAAACACGAUCGCGUACACAUUAGCUAACCUAACAAACUAGUUAUGGGGUUAUGCAGCCAAAUCAACUCCAUCGAAAUUAUCAGCAGGUUGAUAUUCCAAUAAAAAUGGAGAAGAUUUAUCCAUCUGUUGAUGAACUAUCAACAAUUGAAUCAUCAAUCAGAUGUACAGAAGUAAAUUGCACAGCAAUUUUCAAGUCUAGGUCAAAUUUAAAUCUACAUCUUGCCAGACAUCAUAAGAGUCUAAACUCAGAAAAAAUGCUUUUAAAAAGUAACACACAAAGAAGCUAUCAUUGUCCAUCAAAUGUGUGCAUUUAUCACUCUGAAAAGUGUUUCAAAUCAAUGAAAUACCUAAAACAACACUAUAUAAAAGUCCACUCAGUGAAAAACCACAAAUGCACAAAAUGUCACUCAGGUUUUGCUACAGAACAUCUGAAAAACUUACAUGUUGAAUAUUGUGGUAUAAAUUUCAAAUGUCCUGAAUGUCCAGCUGAAUAUGCAUGCUAUGACACACUGACAACACAUGCAAGAAGAAAAGGGCAUAAAAUCUUUGCCAAAAUAAAAUAUAAAGCAUUAUUUCAUGGUGAUACAACUGCAUGCUCAAGAAUAAUGUGUGUAGUUGAUUCAAAACCUGCAAAAAGAUUGAUAUUACCCAAAGAUUUUCUUCAAAUCAAUGCAGAAGAGAAUAAAACAAUGGAAGAUACAAAAAUCAAGAGAAAACGUCGAAAUAAAACAGAAAUGCAAACACAAACGCAUAAAAUACAAGCGGUAACAUCAUCAGCCGGUACACAAACGGAACUUGUUUCCAUUCAUGCUUCAACCGCGGUGGAAAAUAUUAGAAUGUCAAAGAAAAGCAUCAAAACACAAACAACUACAGUUACAUCAAGCACACGCGCAUGCAAUACAUCUUUCGAUGUAAAUUUACUCGAUAUCAAUGAUGAUGUGCAGAGGAAUUCAUUAGGCACACAAACAUUGAGUCCGAAUAUCCUAUCUCAAUCAAUAACAAUUUCUAAUCACCGUAAUAUUACACCCAUUCAAAUUCCAACGCACGUUGAUCAAGGUAUAGGAACCGAAGAUCUGCUUCAAUCGUACAUUAAUGACUGCAAUGCAGACAUGGAAACGCAAACGGACUGGUUUACAAACUUAGAUCUGCUCACAAAUGAUGUGCAUUCAAAUAACUACACACAAACAUGUGACGAUAUCUUACCGCCUGAUUUACGCUUCAAUAAUACGCAUACACAGACUGUUCUUAAUGAUAUUUUGCGUUCUGUUGGUAGCCAAACAAGUAUGCGUGUUAACGGAGGCGUUUUUACCAAUAAUGAAACACAAACUGAUUCAAUCUAUGAGGAAUUACUGCAGGAAAUCAACUCUUGA